AAAAAGAACAGGCCCAGAAGCCCCAGGGCCUGGCCUUGCUCCCAGCCACAAGCCCUGAUAAGCCCCUGGUGCUCCUGAGCCCCAUGGAAUGGCCAAGGCCUAUUUGAGGCCUCCCAUCAGGCCCCCAAGGUGGAGUCAGUUACUGACUCCUGCACUCCAGACCCAGGAGUGCAUUGGCAGCAGUCCCACUUAGGUGCCUCCCCACCCUACCAGGCCCCAGUGGUGGGUGACUCUCACACACACCCUGCCCUUCAAGACCUCACAGCAAAGGGCCGGCUUCAGAGCAUGUGGCAGACACCACUCCAGGCAGGGACAGGAAGGCCACUCUCGGCCAGGCUAGGCAGUGUGGGUGGGUCCCCUGGAAGAGUGGCCAAGCCUGGCUCGCAAGAGAACAAGGACAGCCUUCAUGCCCUAGGGCGGCACAUGACCCACAGAGCUCUGCUUCCUGCCUCGUGUCACACAAGGGAGCCACCCAGAUCCGAGGUCCCCAGGGAGUCGCGUGUUUGAGCACCUCCUCGGGUCCACAGUUGUGCCAGGCGCUCAGGGUGCAGCAGCUGCCCUCAGGGAGAAGCGACUCCAAUGCACAUAUGGAAGAGCAGGAGCAGGCCAAGUGCGGUGGCUCUCACCUGGAAUCCCAGCACUUUGGGAAGCCAAGGUGGGAGGAUCACUUGAGCCCAGGGGUUCAUGACCAGCCUGGCCAACAUGGCAAAACACAUCUCCACUAAAAAUACAAAAAAUGAGCUGGGUGUGGUGGUGCACGCCUGUAAUCCCAGAUACUCAGGAAGCUGAGGCAGGAGAAUCACUUGAACCAAGGCGGCAGAGGUUGCAGUGAGCUGAGAUCAUGCCAUUGUACUCUGGCCUGGGUGACAGAGUGAGACUCUGUCUCGGGAAAAUAAAAAAAAAAAAAGGAAAAAAAGUGCAGAAUCCUGGGGAGAACAUGUCAGGGUGUUCAGGCUCCAGGCAGAAGGAUAUGACACCCCCCCAUUGCUGACCAAGGGAUUCCUAGUGCCAGUGAGGGCUGAGCCAACAGGGACAGGCACAGGUGUGCCCCUUCAGGGGCCAUCUCCCUCCAGACCAGCCUCCUGAGUGCUGCCCUCAUGGGCCUCAGUCUCUUCCAAAUCUUGCUCCCCAGGAGGCAAUAAAAACACCUCAUCCUGGCAUUUAGGAACCCUGGGAAUCCAGCCCCACUUUCUCCUUCCAGCCUGUGCCUGCUGCCUCCACCUAAAUGUAGAAGGACCUACAUUUCCUGGUGGCCAUGCCCUCUGUGGGGUGGCUGUCAUCCAUGCAGAGCUAUUCCUGGGGAGCCCUUCCCUUCCACCCUCCAGUGCACCUACGGGGCCCCUACUAUUAAUAGCAGCACCUCCGCCUGGGGCAGAGUCAGGGUGUGAGGCCUGUGGCCCAGCGAGGGGCUCAGAACUAUUCCACAGCCCCAGCACUGGAAUACAGGCUCAGCCUCUGUCCUGGGACUUGAGUGCUCCCAACCUGGCCCCUGUUACUCAUUCAGACUAGUGCAUCCCUCCAGAGAGCCACCCUCAGUCAUCCUGGGCCUUUGCAGAGGCUACCCUCCUGCCCUUGUCUCUACUCACUUAGGUGACCCCUCCUCACACCGCAUGGCUCAGCACACUGGGCCUCUAGAAAGCCCCACUUCUUCCCUCACCAGCGCUGACCUGAGGCCCAGGCCACUCUUCUCUGGCCCCCACUUCACCUGGUGCUUCUCAUGCUGAAGGAGCUUCAUGGCUGGGGGGCCUUCCUGAAGAGGCUAUGGGCUCAUGGAGGGUAGGGUAUGUCUGUUUCCUCUGUGUCCAUUACAUAAUCUCAACCACAUGAGGAAGGAAAAACCCUACAAGGAAAGGAAAAUAUUCUCUCCCUUCUCAAUGGUUUAGAUCAACCAUUGAGAGAUGAAAGAAAAGGAAUUGAAUAUGUUGCAUGUAGACAUUAGGAGAUCUUCAAAAUCCAAAAGCUAUUUCAGAUUUUGAAAUUACAAAUGAUUGAAAACCACCAUGGCACGUUAAACCUAUGCAACAAACCUGCACAAUCUACACAUGUACCCCAGAACUUAAGAGUGCAAUAAAUAUAGAAAAAGAAACUACAAAUGAAAAUGCUGUUGAAGUGUUGUACCAGUUUAAAUAGCGAGGAAACGAAAUAUCAAUCUCUAUAAUCCAUCUAGACAAAAGCACUUACUUUUUAAAAGAGGAAGAUGUUUUGGGGACCAGAAGAGAGAAAACCUCUGUGAAAGAUCCCCAGCCAUGAUUGGCCCCUGCUUUGCUCUGAGCUCAUGAAAAGCCUUUGUGAUGUCAUAACAGACAGGCCUAUAUAAGGCCCUGGCUGGGUCAUGGUUUUUGGCCUGAUAAAUCCCUGGAAGCUUUUUUGGUGACCUGUGGACUCAGACCAGCUUAGCGAUUAGGAGUUGUUUGGGGGGGUGGGGGAGUUUUUGUGGGAGGGGCGUUGGGGGGAGUUUUUGUGGGAGGGGCGUUGGUGUUUUUUUUAGUUAUCAGUGUUAGCAUAGUUAAUAUAGUUAGUAUUGCUUAGUAUUUUAGUGUACUUUGGGGUAGUCAAUAGUGUUGUUUAAGAUUUUAUCAUAGUAGAGUUAGAGUAGUUACUUGUGUAUAGUUAGUGUAUAAAGGCACCAUGAAGCAGGGAUUGGCCUCCACCUCACCUGCCCUGCGGCCACCGCAUUAUCAAAUAUUGAAUUUCAUAGGCCGUGGUGCCUUUGGUGAGGUCACGCUGGCCCGCCACUUAAUGACUGGCACGCAGGUGGCGGUGAAAACAAUCAACAGAACUGGCUUCCUCUCUAGCCACAGAGAGAUGACUGUUUUACAGUCGGUGAGCCACCGAAACAUCAUUAAACUUUAUCAAAUUAUUAACAGCAGAGAGGCGUGCCAGUUAGUCCUAGAAUAUGCCGCAGGAGGAAGCCUAUCCAACUGGAUUGAACACCACGUAGUGGAGGAGGAGGAGGCCCGAGGCAUGUUCCAACAAAUGCUGUCCGCCGUGAGGUACCUCCACCGCCGAAGCAUCGCUCACCGAGACUUGAAACCAGACAACAUGCUGUUAGAUGUUAAGGGAAACAUCAAAAUUGCUGAUUUUGGAUUGGCCACAAGUUACUAUGAGGGGCAGAGGCUGACAAUAGCUCAUGGGACCCUGGCCUACAUGGCCCCAGAACUCUUCGGGGCCCAGGGCUAUGAAUGCCCCGCCAUGGACAUAUGGAGCCUAGGCGUCACGCUGUUCCAGAUGGUGUCCAACAACCUGCCCUUCUCCGCAGUGAGUCGUACGCAACUGAAACGCCUAAUUCUAUCUGGCCAGUAUGUUAGCCCGCAGUAUUUUUCUGAAGGCCUUAAAAGACUAAUUAAAAACCUUUUAACGCCUGAUCCCAAUGAGCGGCCGACAGCAGACAAAGUCAUGGGGGACCCGUGGGUGAACGACGGCCAGGACUUGCCUCCAGUGACAUACGAAGAGCCAAUUGAAGACCACCCGAACUGUGAGACCAUAAGCCUCUUGGUGGCCAUGGGAUUGAAGCCAGAAAACAUCUCAAAGGCAAUUGAAGACCACGUCUUUAAUUAUCCCAUGGCCACCUACCGUAUUUUAGAUGGAGAAAAAAAGCCGUCCAUUACCACUCCACAGUCUCUUGCUCCUGGGGACCCUACAUGUUUAGUCACUGAGAUUUCCAGUUCACCUGCCAGCCUUCACAGGAAGUCAGACCCCCAGCAUGCCCCCACGGCCUCCCUGACCAUCGAGCGCAAUUGUGGAGAUUUAGAAAACUUGGCACGGCAAGCCCUCCAGUGUGACCGUGUGGCCUCCUCCAUUGUAAGCGCCAUAGGCGGUGGUGGUGCUUUACAAACCUUGGCAGAGCAAGCCCCCCAGCGUGACCUCGUGUCUGCAGCCUCCACCAAGUGCUCCACCGGCAGUGAAAAUUUAGAAACUUUGGCUCAACCAGCCCUCCCGCAUAACCUCACGGCCGCCUCCACCCAGAUCACCACCCAGAGCACCGUGGCUCAACAACCAGGACACGAAGGCAGCGUCCUCCAAGCUGGGCAGCCCGAGGCUGUGUUGGCCCGGCCAAGAAGAGGCUGGAGCUGCCGCAGGGCUGCCCGAAGGUGCAUUGCCAUAAUAAGGAGAUGGUGCUGCUGCCUGUGCCCAUCCGAGAGGCAGAGGAAGAGGGUCCACCCAAGUGAAAAAAUUGGAGAGGACGAAGGCCCUGAGGUCCAAGAACAUUGAAACCUGAGAUGCCCAGGAGCAACGUUGGAGCCUGCAGCACUUUAUAUAAAAAAAUAUAAAAAUAAGGCCGGGCGCGGUGGCUCAAGCCUGUAAUCCCAGCACUUUGGGAGGCCGAGGCGGGUGGAUCACGAGGUCGAGAGAUCGAGACCAACCUGGUCAACAUGGUGAAACCCUGUCUCUACUAAAAUACAAAAAAGUAGCUGGGCAUGGUGGCGCGUGCCUGUAAUCCUGGCUACUCAGGAGGCUGAGGCAGGAGAAUUGCCUGAACCCAGGAGGCGGAGGUUGCGGUGAGCCGACCUCCAGCCUGGGUAACAAGAGUGAAACUCCGUCUCAAAAAAAAAAAAAAAAAUACAUAUAUAUAUAUAUA